AUGGAGAGGCCGGCGCCGGUGAGGAAGUCCCACACGUCGACGGCGGACCUGCUGAUCUGGCCGGAGGAGGCGCCGCAGGAGUCGCCCAUCGGGGCCACGCCGCCGUCCAACUGCCGGCCGCACCAGCCGUCGGAGGCGCUCAAGAAGGUGGUGUUCGGCGGGCAGGUGACGGAGGAGGAGGCCGAGAGCCUCAACAAGAGGAAACCAUGCUCUGCUCCCAAGUGGAAGGAGAUGACAGGAAGCGGCAUAUUUGCAGCUGGGAGCGAGGCUGAAGAAGAUGAAUCUGCCAAUGCCUCUGCAAUUCCCACCCGAACGGCUCCAAAGAAUUAUCAGGCAAUUAGUACUAUAAGCCACAUCUCAUUUGCUGAGGAAGAAAGCAUUUCUCCAAAGAAGCCGACUUCGAUAGCAGAGGUGGCAAAGCAGCGCGAGCUAAGCGGCACGCUUCUGAGCGAGGAUGGCAGCAAGAUGAAGAGGCAGAUAUCCGACCUGAAAUCCAAGGAACUUAGCAGCCACGACAUCUUUGCUCCUCCGGAAGAUCCACGGCCACGCAACUCCGAGAACGGCUCGACCUCGCAGACCCCGGGCAAAAAUGCAUAUGUAAGCAAUAUCAAGUUCGGCGAGGCCGACGAGGACAGCGUGGUGAAGACUGCGAAGAAGAUCCCCACCAAGAAAUUCACUGACCUCGCGGGCAAUAUCUUCAAGGGUGACGAGACCCCUGGGACGGCAGAGAAGCACCUGAGCACGGCGAAGCUGAAGGAGAUGACCGGCAGCGACAUCUUCGCGGAUGGGAAGGCCCCCUCCCGGGACUACCUGGGAGGGAUCCGCAAGCCGCCCGGCGGGGAGAGCAGCAUUGCACUGGUUUAA